GGUGUCCAAUUAAUUUCAACCCUGAGCGCAUGCCGAAAAUUUGAUCAAAUCAGAUGUGAUCAAACCCCCCAAAACUUGAUUACUUUUCAACAACUGGACCAUGAUGCAGACCCAUAAGUAAAAUGUCCUAUCUGUUCACUGACCCUCUCUUUCUUGUAAUGUUUAAGUCAUAACUAGUGAUUAUACUUCUGCAUUUAAAUUCUAUUUGAAGUUAGAUAUUUCCUCGUCAGUAUCUAAUCUAGAAUGUGGAACAUCUAUCGUCAUUCUAAGUCUCUAUGGUAACUCUUCCAGGCGUAUCAGAACAUCCACAUGUAAUGGCACAGAAGAUCCAUGGACAGAAUGAUGAACUCAACCUGCAGCUCAAAGGAAGGCUGCACCACUGCACAGUCUGCAGGAAGAGUUUCACAGCCCUGAGAGAACUUGACAAACACCAGCAAACACACUCAGUUAGAGUGAACGAACAAGAGAGGUCUUGCAAAAAGCCACAUAAAUAUUCUCAUUGUGAAAAAGCAUUCACAACACCCUCACUAGUCAACCGCUACAUGCUUAGCCAUACAUGUAACCAGUGUGGAAAAGCAUUCACACAAAAAGCAGCUCUUAAAAACCACAUGCUAAUACAUACAGGAGAGAAACGUCAUAAAUGCGUCCAGUGUGAAAAAAACUUUUUUCGUAGUUCAUCUCUUAAAACCCACAUGCUAAAACACACUGGAGAAAGGCCUCAUCAAUGUACCCACUGUGAAAAAGCUUUUACACACUUCUCCACUCUUAAAAGACACAUGCUCACACACGCAGGAGAGAAGCCUCAUAAAUGUGCUCAGUGUGGAAAAGCAUUUAUAACCCCCACAAAUCUCAAUCGCCACAUGCUUAUACAUACUGGAGAAAAGCUUUAUAUAUGUGUCAGGUGUGGAAAACUUUUUGCACAAAUUUCAAAUCUUAAAACCCACAUGCUAAUACACACUAGAGAAAAGCCUCAUAAAUGUACCCAGUGUGAAAAAGCUUUUACACACUACUCAACUCAUAAAAAACACAUGCUCAUACACACUGGAGAGAAGCCUCAUAAAUGUGCUCGGUGUGGAAAAGCAUUUAUAAUGACCAAAGAUCUCAAUCGCCACAUGCUUACACAUACUGGAGAAAAGCUUUAUAAAUGUGUCCAGUGUGGAAAACCUUUUGCACAAAUUUCACAUCUUAAAACCCACAUGCUGAUACACACUGGAGAGAAGCCUCAUGAAUGUGCCCAGUGUGGAAAAGCUUUUACGCGCUUCUCAACUCUUAAAAAACACAUGCUCAUACACAUUAGAUAGAAGCCUCAUAAAUGUGCCCAGUGUGGAAAAGCAUUUAACCUCCACAGAUCUCAAUCACCACAUGCUUACACAUACUGGAUAAAAGCCUUAUAAAUGUGUCCAAUGCGGAAAAGCUUUUUCACAAAUGUCAACUCUCCCCUCACUGCUCCUCAAGCGCCGCUGUAGCAGGCAGCUCACU